CAGGUGGACCAGGCCAUCCUCUCCGAGGAGGACCGAGUCGUGGUGAUCCGCUUCGGGCACGACUGGGACCCGACCUGCAUGAAGAUGGAUGAAGUCUUGUACAGCAUCGCCGAGAAGGUUAAAAACUUUGCUGUUAUUUAUCUUGUGGAUAUCACUGAAGUACCAGACUUCAAUAAGAUGUACGAGUUGUAUGAUCCCUGUACUGUCAUGUUUUUCUUCAGGAACAAACACAUCAUGAUUGAUUUAGGUACAGGCAAUAACAACAAGAUCAACUGGGCAAUGGAAGAUAAACAAGAGAUGAUUGACAUUAUAGAAACUGUUUAUAGAGGAGCCCGCAAAGGUCGAGGUUUGGUGGUAUCACCAAAAGAUUAUUCCACUAAAUACAGAUACUAACAUGUCUUUGGGGCUGUUUUUCUUUGUUGUUUGUUUUUUUUCAAUCAUACAUUGUCUUAAAUUUAUUCUUGUGUAUGUGUGUACAUAUAUAUAUUAAAAAAAAACAACAA